AUGAACACCUUGGUUUUUAACUCAUUUCAGAUUUGUAUGAAAAACCAACUAUUCACCUGGUUCAUACAAUGAAAGCAAGCUCAACCUGCCCCUACAUGUUGACAGCAUGCAGAGCCAUGCAACAGGAGAGCACCACCCAGAACAGCCUCGAACCUCACACUUCACAGGCAAAAUACACAUUUAUACGACAGGAAAGCUGCACGCAGGCUCAUUACAUAUCAGACAUGCCAUAUUAGCCAGCUUUAGAAAUGCUGUUGUCUUCCAUGUUCAGCUGACCUUCCCAUCAUGUGCGAUUGUUUCUUGCACUUUUAUGGACCUAAGGAAUUUAACUUCUUUUCCUUCGGGCUGUAAGAAGGCGGCGCCGCUUAUCUUCAUACCACAAUGGGGAGCAAGGAGCGCUACCCAUGGCAGACCCAGAACGUGAAGGUGAGCGGUGUGGAUGACAUGGUUUUGCUGUCCAAGAUCCACGAGGAUGCUGUCACGGACAACCUAAAGAAAAGAUACAUGGACGACUACAUCUUCACCUACAUAGGGCCUGUGCUGAUCUCAGUCAAUCCUUUCAAACAGCUGCCGUACUUCACUGAUCGUGAGGUGGAGCUGUACCAGCUGGCGGCCCAGUAUGAGAACCCUCCUCACAUCUAUGCCCUGGCGGACAACAUGUAUCGCAACAUGAUGAUCGACAGGGAGAACCAGUGUGUCAUCAUCAGUGGAGAGAGUGGGGCAGGCAAGACGGUAGCAGCCAAAUACAUCAUGAGCUACAUCUCCAGAGUGUCUGGUGGGGGUCCCAAAGUGCAGCAUGUGAAGGACAUCAUUCUCCAGUCCAACCCACUAUUGGAGGCGUUUGGGAAUGCCAAGACAAUCCGCAACAACAACUCCAGUCGCUUUGGGAAGUACUUUGAAAUUCAGUUCAGUCUUGGGGGAGAGCCAGAUGGUGGGAAGAUCUCCAACUUCCUUUUGGAAAAGUCCAGAGUGGUGUCUCAGAGCCAAGGGGAGAGGAACUUCCACAUCUUCUACCAGCUGAUAGAGGGCACCACCAAGGAGCAAAGAGAGACACUUGGAAUCACUACUCCUGACUACUACCUCUACCUUAACCAGUCUGGGACAUACACGGUGAAGGACAUCAGCGACAAGAAGGACUUUUCGGACACUGUUGAGGCCAUGAAUGUGGUAGGCCUGUCUGUGGAUGAGCAGGAUGCAGUGCUGCAGAUUGUGGCUGGAAUCCUUCAUCUGGGCAACAUCACCUUCAGAGAGGAGGGAAACUAUGCCGUAGUAGACGAUGAAGACUUCCUUGCCUUCCCAGCCUACCUUCUAGGCAUCAGUCAGGGUGGGCUCAAGGAGAGGCUAACAAGUCGAACCAUGGACAGCCGCUGGGGGGGGAAGUCCGAGAGCAUCCUAGUAACCCUCAACUCGGAGCAGGCCUGCUUCACGCGGGACGCUCUUGCCAAAGCCCUGCACUCUCGCCUCUUCGACUAUCUUGUGGAUGCCAUUAACAGAGCCAUACAGAAGGACUGUGAGGAGAUGACCAUUGGCGUGCUGGACAUCUAUGGCUUUGAGAUCUUCCAGAAAAAUGGAUUUGAGCAGUUCUGCAUCAACUUUGUCAAUGAGAAGCUCCAGCAGAUUUUCAUUGAGUUGACGCUCAAGGUUGAGCAGGAGGAGUACGUUCAGGAAGGGAUCAAGUGGGUGGCCAUUGAGUACUUCAACAACAAGGUGGUGUGUGACCUCAUUGAAUCCAAAGUGAAUCCACCAGGUAUCAUGAGCAUUUUGGACGAUGUGUGCGCCACCACGCACGCCAAGGGCGAGGGCGCUGACCAGACCCUGAUGCAGAAGCUACAGGCCCAAGUGGGUUCGCACGAGCACUUCAGCAUCUGGAACCGGGGCUUCGUGGUGCACCACUACGCGGGCAAGGUCUCCUACGACGCCGGCGGGUUCUGCGAAAGGAACCGGGACGUCCUCUUCUGCGACAUCAUCGAGCUCAUGCAGAGCAGCGAAUUCGCCUUCAUCAGGGACCUGUUCCCCGAGAACCUGUGCUCUGAGAAGAAGGGUCGGCCCACCACGGCCAGCAGCAAGAUCAAGAAACAGGCCAACGACCUGGUCCGGAAGCUGGUGAGGUGCACCCCGCACUAUGUGCGCUGCAUCAAGCCCAACGAGACGAAGCAGCCGGGCGACUGGGAGGGCGACCGCGUCCGCCACCAAGUGGAGUACCUGGGUCUGUGCGAGAACAUCCGAGUCCGCCGGGCUGGUUACGCCUACCGCCGGAGCUUCGACAAGUUCCUGCGGAGGUAUGCUGUCCUGAGCAGGGAAACCUGGCCGCAGUGGCGUGGGGAGAGGAGGGCAGGGGUGCUCCAUCUGCUACGCUCCGUCAACAUGGACCAGGACCAGUACCAACUGGGCCGUGGCAAGGUCUUCAUCAAGGCGCCCGAGUCGCUGUUCCUGCUGGAGGAGAUGAGGGACAGGCGGUUUAACGGCUACGCCAGGAUCAUCCAGAAGGCCUGGCGCAAACACACCGCCGUCCGCAAAUAUGUGCGCAUGAGGAAAGAGGCCUCGGACAUCCUGCUGAACAAGAAGGAGAGGCGCCGCAACAGCCUCAACCGCAACUUCACGGGCGACUAUAUCGGCACCGAGAACCGGCCCGAGAUCCAGCAGUUUGCGGGUCGCAAGGAAAGGAUCGACUUCGCCGACGUGGUGAUCAAAUACGACCGCAGGUUCAGGCCUGUAAAGCGUGACCUCAUCCUGACGCCCAAGUUCCUCUACCUGAUUGGCCGAGAGAAAGUGAAGCAGGGUCCCGAAAAAGGUCAGAUCCGAGAAGUUCUGAAGAGGAAGAUCCACCUGGAGAAAGUCCAGUCUGUUGCUCUCAGCACUCUCCAGGAUGACUUUCUCAUCGUGCACGAGGACGAGUACGACAGCAUGUUGCAGUGCGUCUUCAAGACCGAGUUCCUCAGCCUGCUGUGCAAACGCUUCGAGGAGAAGACCCACAGGAAGCUGCCGCUCAUGUUCCAUAACCAACUGGAAUUCAAGAUCAGAAAGGUGGGUUGGGGUCCCUUUGGAGGGAUUAGCACAAGGCAGGUCCAGUUCCAAGUGGGCCAGGGAGACCAGCCGGUUCUGAAAGCCACCAGCAAGGUCCUCACAGUCACCAUUGGACCAGGUCUUCCCAAGAACUCCAGACCAACCCGGAAGGACGUUCGGAAGAGCCGUCACUUUGAAAAGCAGGCGCCGGACAUGGGACAACGAUCGCAAGGUCCCACCAGGGAAGGCAGCAGGGGCAGGAUGGCGCAUCAGCAGGGGGCACAGUCCUUGUCCAGGAGGUCCCUUCUCUGCCAGCAAAGCAGUGUGGAUCAUCCCAGUCUACCGAGACUCCGCAGGUCACAGCCACUCCAGCCCCAGAGCCAGAACCAAGUGGAUAUGGGCUUCCUGAAGGUGCCUGACCAGGGGGUUGCUAGGCUCCACAGGCGAUCCACUGAGCUGAAAGCUGUGCCGCCAGUGACCUGCACAAAAUCUGUCGCCAAGCCCAAGCCUCAGAUCCCUCAGUGCAGGGCUCUCUGGGCCUACGAGGCUCAGGACUCGGACGAGCUCAGCUUCAACACGGCAGACAUCAUCGACGUCCUCGCCGAAGACCCCUCUGGCUGGUGGUUUGGUCAUCUCCGAGGGAGAGAGGGCUUGUUUCCCGGCAACUAUGUGGUGAAAAUGUGACCGAGUGCUGACAAGGAGGUGCUACCAGGAGCUAUGAGCGAUGGACCAGAAGUCAGGAUGAACAAGGAUGACAACUUUCAGUUGAGGUACCUGCUGGCACACUUACUGUGUGCAUGUAGCUAAAGCUACAAUGGACUUUACCCUAUUGUGGGUCUUCGAUUGUAUUUACCCAUCUUACAAUGUUUACGAAUGUGUUUACAACACUGAAAAUGUAACCGUGGAGUCAUACACUUUUC